AUGGGCCACCUCCUGGGCGGCGUGGCGGGCGGGCGGCUGUCUCUGCCGCCGCCUCGAGUGCGCCUCGUCUCGCUCUUCGUCUACUCGAGCCUCGUCUCGUGUGCCGCCUCGUGGGCGGGGUGGCGUGGCGGGCGGCUGUCUCUGCCGCCGCCUCGAGUGAGCCUCGUCUCGCUCUUCGUCUACUCGAGCCACGCCUCGUGUGCCGCCUCGUGGGCGGCGUGGCGGGCGGGCGGCUGUCUCUGCCGCCGCCUCGACGGGCGGGCGGCUGUCUCUGCCGCCGCCUCGAGUGAGCCUCGUCUCGCCCUUCGUCUACUCGAGCCUCGUCUCGUGUGCCGCCUCGUGGGCGGCGUGGCGGGCGGGCGGCUGUCUCUGCCGCCGCCUCGAGUGAGCCUCGUCUCGCUCUUUGUCUACUCGAGCCUCGUCUCGUGUGCCGCCUCGUGGGCGGCGUGGCGUGGCCGGCGGCUGCCUCUGCCGCCGCCUCGAGUGAGCCUCGUCUCGCUCUUUGUCUACUCGAGCCUCGUCUCGUGUGCCGCCUCGUGGGCGGCGUAG